AUGGCAAUUAAAUUAUACAAAAAGUCUAAUUAACUUAAUUAUACAAUUUAAGUAGAAGAGAAAUUAAAAAAAUUAUUAUUUUAAAAAGGAUUUCUAUAAAUAUAGUAAGGAGAAUAUAUAGAUAUUUUAGACGGAACUGCUUAUGAAUCUUUUUAGAAGACAUUAUGCUACAAUUUACAUACGAUUCCUGAAUAAAAUGAUUAAGAUAUUUAAAAGUUUUCUAUUUUUUUACAUGCUUAUUGUUAUUUAUUAACUUAUCAUAAAAAUUAUGCUUUAGAAGAGCUUGAAAAGCUUUUAAAAUUAGAUGAUAAUAAUGUAAAUGCGAAUUUACUUAAAGGGAAAAUUCUUUGGAGUUUAAACAAAUUACCUGAAGGCAAUGCAUGUUUUUGGAAAGUUGAAAAUUUGUUUCCAAAUAAUACUUAGUUUUUAUUAAUUAAAGCAUUUAUUUUUAGAAAAUAAUAAGAAUAUGAAAAUUCUCUUAACAAUUUGCUUUUAGCUUUUCAUACUAUUAGAGAUAAAUCUCUAGAACUUGAAGUUAAAAAUUAAAUUGCACUUACAUAUAAUGAAAUGGGAAUGAUUUGCUUUUAAAGAUAAUAAUAUGAUGAGGCUAUUGCUUUAUUUAACGAAUCUUUAUAAUUUAAAGCUAAUGAUUGGGGCGUAUAUUGUAACAGAGGAGAUUGUUAUAGAAUGAAUAAUAAAAUUGAUGAAGCUUUAAAAGAUUAUUUAAAAGCUUAGAAAAUAGAUGAAAAUAGAGAAGAAAUUAACACUAGAAUAUCAAUGAUUAGGAAUAGUAGAGGAAUUAUAUUAUUUAAUCAAAAAAAAUAUGAAAAAGCUAUAAAAGAAUUUAAUGAAGCAAUCAAAUUUAACAUCAAUAUUAGUUAAUAUUAUUAAAAUAGAGGAAAAUGCCUCCUUGAAUUAGGAAAUUUAUAAGAAGCUAUAUAAGAUUAUAUAAAAUGCUUUUAAUUAGAUCCUACCAAUACAGAAAUAGGAAUAAUUGUUAAUAAAUUGUAAUAAGAAUCCUUGUUUAAAAAAAAAGAUAAAUUAAUAAAGAUUAAUAAUACAAAUGAUUAUUUAUGA